GCAUUCUUCAACGCAAUCCAACUUGAUGGCGCUGUGGAUGGUCCCCGCAAUUCUUCCUGUUGCGCACGGAUCUUCCUCAGUCGGCUUCAUCCACCACAGCGGUCGGCCACGGCUGCAGAAGAGGUUAACAGCGCUUCAGCGUGCCAGGACCAGAAGGCGGCAGCGAGCCACCUUAUCGGCGGACGAGAGCUGGGAAGGCUUCGAGUACGGCGAAACAAACUGGUUCCUGGAUGAUGGCGGCUCUUCCGAGGUGGACAAUGUUGCCGUAUCGAUGCAUGACGAGCCACAGGGCUUCGAUUACGAGUCAGCCGUGGAGGCGCUUUCACCUCUUGUGAGCCCAGAUCGGCUGGAGCGCCUGCAGACCGUCAUCAGGUGAGGGAAGGAGCUAGGCAGACAUCAAUCCCUGCCUCUGUGUGUGUGUGAUGUGUCUGUCCAUCUGCUGUCGUGCAGUCAGCGGACGAACCACUGCCAGUUCGUGUUUGAGGCGCCCACAAAUCCCAACAACGUCUGGGCCUGCCUGAGGACUCUCGACUCAUUCGGCAUCCAGCACACGUCCGUCAUCCGACGGCCGGGGGGAUACGACCGCCAGAGAGACAUCAACGGCAAUAUGAACGUCGCACUUGGGUCCUCACAGUGGCUGAGCAUGCAGGAGUUCCAGUCAGCCAGUGAGGCUAUCGGCCAGCUGAAGGACCGGGGGGUGCGGGUCUACGCCUCUGACCUGCAGGAGGACUCAACGGCCUUGACGUCGUUGGACGUUUCGCAGCCUUUUACGAUUGUCCUGGGUAAUGAGAGGACCGGCAUCAGUGAGGAGAUGCGGGGAUUGGCCGACGAGACGUUCUUUGUGCCGAUGCGGGGGUUCGCGGAGAGCUUCAAUCUGUCUGUUGCGUGUGCCGUCACGUGUGCAUAUCUGUCGCAAAUGGGUGGGCUGAAGUGGGGGGACCUGAGUGAGGGGGAGAGGGCUGCGGUGAUGACUGAGUGGCUGAUGCGGUGUGUGCCGGGCAGCCAGCAAGUGCUCGAGAGGAAGGGCCUGCGUGUGCCUGAGAGGUUGAGAAGGACGCGGCAGAGGCUGUUGGGGUGUGAGGGCGUCAGGAAGAGACGCAUAAUGUGACCGUUUGACAUGUGAUGUCACUUCAUCGCAUCGAAGGUGUGCCUCCACGCACACGCACACCCAUAACUCUAUCC